AUGUUUAUGUUUGCUGUCUGUAAGGAUACUAAAGUUGCAUUAUUGUUGACUCGAGUCGGAAACACUGACAUACUCGGGAAAACUAAUAACCUUAGGGUGAAUUCAAGGAGCGGAUUUCUAUUUUGCAAAGAUAGUAGAAGAACGUGGGUUGGUCGAGUGAGGUGUGCAGUUGCAGUGGCAGGAACAAGAGAGAGAAUGGAGAUGGAGAGGAAAGAGAGGGUAAGAAAAGCUGAAGCGUUGGUUGAGAAAGCAAUGAAAGGGAAUGAUGCUUCUCAUGAUGCAGCGCAUGUUUGGAGGGUUCGUGACCUUGCUCUCUCCCUUGCCUCGGAGGAAGGCCUCUCUUCUGAUCCGCACUCCAUGGAAAUUGUAGAGCUUGCUGCACUUCUGCAUGAUAUAGGUGAUUACAAAUACCUAAGGGACCCGUCCGAGGAAGAAACUGUUGAAAAUUUUCUCACAGAAGAGAGAGUUGAAGAGAAUAAGAAAUCAAAAAUUUUGGAAAUCAUUAAAGGAAUGGGUUUCAAAGAGGAGGUAACAGGAAAAGGAAAUACCAAAUGGUGUCCAGAAUUUGGUGUUGUCCAAGAUGCUGAUAGGCUUGAUGCCAUUGGUGCUAUAGGAAUUGCACGGUGCUUCACCUUUGGCGGGAGUAAGAAGAGGGCGCUGCACGAUCCAGCCAUUUUACCAAGAUCUGAUUUAUCCAAAGAACAAUACAUGAACAAAGAGGAACAAACUACAAUUAAUCAUUUUCAUGAGAAGCUUCUCAAGCUUAAAGAUAUGAUGAAAACCAAGGCUGGGAAAAGAAGGGCUGAGAUAAGGCACAAGUUCAUGGAGGAGUUUGUGAAAGAGUUCUACGACGAAUGGAACGGUUCAAUCUAA